CCGAGGCCCGGAGGAGCAGAGCGCGGAGCCCGGGGCGCCUUCGUGAGCGGCUCUGCGGCUCAGUCGUCCGGACGCCCCGAAGCAGAGCUGCGUCUUUAACGUAGACGGUCUGCGGUUUUAGACGGGAACUGGACGGCGCAGGUCUCUUGAGAGGAACGCGAUGGGGGGAAGGAGGGCAUAGCCUCUAGGUCUGCCUUACUUUUGCAUCUGCAUCUGUCUCCAUUUGGAGGAACCUUGUGUUUCCGUUGGCUGUCAUGGCUGUCGUCUUUCCACAGCAUCUCAUUUCAUUCAUGCCUGAAUGUCUUGUGGAAAUACAUUUCAAGCAGGAUUAUGAGAAUCUUCAGAUGGGCUUUUUGAAGUAGCUGUGACUUUUUUCACUGUAGGGUCCCCGAUACAAAAUCUCCCGGGAAGAGACAAAAUUUCACCGACUUUAAAAUUUAUUGCUUCUGAAUGCAUAUCUAGAAAAUGAGAAGUGCCACUGGGAACGGGUGCUUAACAUGGUUAAGCAUCCACCUGAGACGUGCCUGUUGGAAAAAAAAAAACACAAAACACAACAAUAUUGUUGUGUCAUAAACAGAAGAGCUUAAAGAAAGAGCUUGCUUUGGCCAAAGUGUCUUGGAGAAGAAACAUGAACCACGUUUGGCAUCUCUUCAUUUUGAUCAGCUGAUGACCAGUGUCAGGUUGUCUUCUAAUGUUUUGUGGAAGAGUUGACUCUUAAUGUUACCAUCAGUAGAAGAAGAUAUCAAGUGCCACCUCAUCUCUUGCAUGCAUUCUUCAAUGUGUGAAGGCAAGUGUAGAACGAGGGACCUCAGUGGUCUGCAGCAUUUUAAGGACUACUAAUGCACAAAACUGGUCGGCUUGAUUUUGAAGCAGAUCUGACUGUUUUUGUUGGUAAUGCAAGAUAUGGCUACAAGAGCAACUACUCAGACAAAUCUCACGUGUGCCAAGAAAGUUAUCAAAUUCUUUUUGCUAUCAGGAAAGUAAGGGGUUCUGCACAAAAGGGUAAGAUAGCAACAGCCUGAUGUCACCCAUGGUUCCAUGUCCAGUGGUUUUGCUCUCUGGUUUGGCCUGUAGCAGUUGCACGUGAAGCAAGCAGUCUGGUGCCUGAAGAUAAGACAAUAUUGAGUCAAGUUCCUGGUGUUGUUGCUGCCUUGUGAAAUUCUCAUGUCUGGUUGUGGAAGGCAUAUAUUUGUACGUAUUAGAAAGCUCUGACAUUGCUCUGGUGGUGGCUUGUAUUUGCCAGUAGGACAACAGGAUUCUGGCUGUGCUUCAUAAGAAGAUAGUCUGUGCCACAGAAAAGACCGACAGUGUUGUUCCUGCCCUAAAGUAAUAAAGUUAUUUAGUAUUGCCACUGUACUUCUUGUCCUGCAUACGCUGCUGGUCUACUUGUAGUGUGCUGCAUUAUAAAAUUAGGAGGAAUUGGAGGCUAAUGAUCAUGAAUAAGCCAAAGCCAGGGCUUUUCAUCCACUGUGAGCGAAGAGUCUUCUGAGAUCAUGGGGAUCAGCGCGUAAGCCAAUGCUUCCCUAAAAAGAGCAGUGGAAAAGAAUGGAAAUACUUUUUAAAAUCAAAACCAAACAAACAGCAAAUAAACAACUUCUAUCUUUAUCCAACAAGCCAACCAACAAAAAUAACCAACCCAACAUACAACAACCCAAGAACAGCAUAGGGUUUUUGAUAAUGGAGGCUUGUCUUUCAGACUAUUGUUGCUCUCUGAGGAAAACCAUACCAUCUCAAAUUUUGCUUCAGUGUCAAAAGAUGUUUCAUAACAUGGAGAACUACCCACGAGUUCUUAUUUGGUGCCCUUGCUGAACUUGUGGAUAAUGCCAGAGAUGCAGAUGCCACAAGAAUAGACAUUUAUACUGAACAACGAGAAGACCUGAGAGGUGGAUUCAUGCUGUGUUUUUUGGAUGAUGGAACUGGAAUGGAUUCAAAUGAAGCUGCCAGUGUUAUUCAAUUUGGUAAAUCAGCCAAGCGAUCACCGGAGUCAACUCAAAUUGGGCAGUAUGGGAACGGCUUGAAAUCGGGUUCCAUGCGGAUUGGGAAAGACUUUAUCCUUUUCACAAAGAAAAACAACACCAUGACUUGCCUUCUCUUGUCACGGACAUUCCAUGAGGAAGAAGGCAUCGAUGAGGUCAUUGUUCCACUGCCCACCUGGAAUGCACAGAGCCGAGAGCCUGUGACUGACAACAUGGAGAAGUUUGCUAUUGAGACAGAGCUAAUCUACAAGUAUUCCCCUUUCAAAUCAGAACAGCAAGUGAUGGAGCAGUUCAAUAAGAUCCGUGGUGAGAAAGGCACCUUGGUGAUCAUAUUUAACCUCAAGCUAAUGGAUAAUGGAGAGCCAGAGCUGGAUGUGACUUCUGACCUCCAAGAUAUUCAGAUGGCAGAAACACCCCCAGAGGGAACAAAGCCUGAGCGCCGUUCCUUCCGUGCCUAUGCUGCUGUGCUCUAUAUUGAUCCUAGAAUGAGGAUAUUCAUAAACGGACACAAAGUACAAACCAAGCGACUUUCCUGCUGCUUGUACAAGCCAAGGAUGUACAAAUAUACUUCAAAUCGUUUCAAGACCCGUGCAGAGCAAGAGGUGAAGAAAGCAGAGCAUAUGGCAAGGAUAGCGGAGGAGAAAGCUCGAGAAGCAGAGAGUAAAGCUCGUGCACUUGAGCUGCGCCUCGGGGGGGAUCUUACACGGGAGUCUAGGGUGACAUUACGUCAAGUCCAGAACUCUGCAAUAACCAUGCGCCGGGAGGCUGAUGUAAAGAAAAGGAUUAAGGAAGCAAAGCAGCGGGCAUUGAAGGAGCCAAAAGAACUGAAUUUUAUUUUUGGUGUGAAUAUUGAGCAGCGUGAAUUGGAUGGCAUGUUCAUUUAUAACUGCAGUCGGCUGAUAAAGAUGUAUGAGAAGGUGGGCCCACAGCUGGAGGGUGGCAUGGCAUGUGGUGGAGUAGUAGGUGUAGUGGAUGUGCCCUAUUUGGUUCUGGAACCAACCCAUAAUAAACAAGACUUUGCUGAUGCCAAAGAAUAUCGACACUUGUUGAAGGCCAUGGGAGAGCAUUUAGCUCAGUAUUGGAAAGAUGUAGCUAUAGCCCAGAGGGGUAUCAUCAAGUUCUGGGAUGAAUUUGGUUAUUUGUCAGCAAACUGGAACCAGCCUCCAUCUAGUGAACUGCGCUACAAACGCCGAAGAGCCAUGGAGAUUCCUACCACGAUUCAGUGUGAUGUGUGUCUGAAGUGGCGAACACUCCCAUUCCAGAUGAGUUCAGUGGAGAAGAAUUACCCUGAUAGCUGGGUAUGCUCUAUGAACCCCGAUCCUGAACAAGACAGAUGUGAAGCUGCAGAGCAGAAGCAGAAAGUACCACUAGGAACUCUGAAGAAAGACUUGAAAUCACAAGAGGAGAAGCAGAAACAACUGACAGAGAAAAUCCGCCAGCAGCAGGAAAAACUGGAAGCUCUGCAGAAAACCACUCCAAUUCGAUCUCAAGCUGACUUGAAAAAACUGCCUCUGGAAGUGACUACACGGCCUGCAGGGGAGUCACUGACUCGACUUCAGCGCCCCCGAUCUCCUCCUUUACCUGAUGUAAUUAAGAAUGCUCCCAGCAGACCACCACCAGCUAUGCCUCUUCCCAGGUCUGUCAGUCAGCUGAAAAAGAGCUCUCCAGCUUGGCCAACUGUUAGCUCUCCUAAAUUGGCAAGCAUUCUCUGCAAGGAGGAGGCCAGUACUUCCAGGACACACCACCAUACUGUGACAGCUGGGAAGUCUAACAGCACUUCAAAAACUCUUGCCAAAACAGCUACAACAACAAAACCAUCCACUGCUGUCCUGCAGAACCCCAAAAGCCCACGUGAGAUACCCAGCUCAAAAACUGCCAAGGCGCCAGCAGUGAAGAAAUCUGCCACUGUCAAAUGCCCACAGGCCUCCACAACCCGGAAGAGGACCUUAUAUACCACAGAGGAGGUGUCUGAGGAGGAAGGGGAGUAUAAGAAGGAGAAGACAAAACGGGGCAAAUUUGUGGCAGUGAAAGAGGAGAAGAAGGAUUCCAGUGAGGUCGUGGUAGAGCUCACAGAUAGUGCAGGAGAAGAAGAACUAGCAGAACUGAAGAAAGCUCAGAAAGAUAAAGGGCUGCAUGUGGAAGUGCGUGUAAACAAGGAGUGGUUCACAGGUCGUGUCACAGCUGUGGAAAUGGGCAAGCAUGCAGUACGCUGGAAGGUGAAGUUUGAUUAUGUUCCUACAGACACCACACCAAGAGAUCGCUGGGUAGAGAAGGGCAGUGAGGAUGUGAGACUGAUGAAGCCUCCGUCUCCAGAGUAUCAGACUCCAGAUACACAGCAGGAAGAGGGGGUUGUUGUGGCUGAACCUUCUACCUCAGACUGUGUCAGAAUUGAGCCAGACACCACUGGACCUAGCAGUAACCAAGAAACAGUAGACUUGCUAGUUCAAAUCCUUCGGAAUUGUUUGCGAUACUUCUUGCCUCCAAAUUUUCCUGUUUCCAAGAAGGAGCUGAGUUCCAUGAGUUCAGAAGGGUUGCUGGCAUUUCCCUUGAAAGAAUAUUUCAAACAGUAUGAAGUGGGUCUGCAGAACCUGUGCAAUUCAUAUCAGACACGUGCUGAUGCCCGGGCCAAAGCCUGUGAAGAAAGCCUGCGCAACUCGGAGAGAAAGCUGAAGGAGACUGAGGAGAAACUGCAGAAGCUGAGGACUAACAUUGUGGCUUUGCUGCAGAAAGUGCAGGAGGACAUUGACAUUAAUACAGAUGAUGAACUGGAUGCAUAUAUCGAGGACUUGAUCACAAAAGGAGACUGAAUGACCCCAUUAUACGUCCUAGGGAAGUGCAGAGGAGCUGGUUUCUUCUAUGGAGAUGUGGAUUCCUGCAGUGGAGGACUAUGACAGCUGAGAGGAGAGGGUUUUUAGACAGUACUUCCUUUGUAUUGGUGUACAACUCGUUCUUGUGACUUUACAUGAAAAAGACAUUCGUGCUUUUGGCAGGAAAGUUUU